AUGUCUAUGAUGGCAGAUUUUAACUUUGAUUCUGAUGAUGACUCUGAUUUUUCUGGAUUUGGGCCGUCUGAUAUAGAUUUAAGUUCUUCUGAUUCGUCGUCCGACGACGUCGAUAAUGUUGCCGAUGCUGGAGUCUCAACUUUGACAAAUCGUCUGCUACCGCCAAGGGUUGAAGACUUUGUUGGAGAGCCUGGGCCGAACCUCCCUGAUGGUUUUGAUGUCAGUACAGCCACACCGUUAGACUUCUUCAAGUUUGUUUUUCCAGUGAGCUUGAUCACCUACCUAGCGGACAUGACCAACCUGUAUGCCAACUGGAGGCAGGCCCAACCUGGAGUAGACCUGGAUGACAGAUGGGAAGAGACAACUGAGGCAGAGAUGCGAGCAUUCCUAGCCAUCAACAUCCUUAUGGAUAUCAACAUUCUACCAACUUUGGAGAUGUAUUGGUCUACGAAGAUGCUCAUCGGGAAUGUAGGUGCCCAGCAGAUCAUGACAUGCAACCGGUUCCAGAAGCUUUCUAAGUACUUUCAUGCAUCAGACAGAACCGGUGACCGUCCACGUGGCCAUAUAGACUACGACCGCCUCUACAAGGUACGGCAUGUCAUGACUACCCUGUCAACAACCUUCCGAGAAAUGUGGACACUGUCACGGGAAGCCACGGUAGAUAAGGCCAUGAUCGCAUUCACCGGUAGGUUGUCCUACAUGCCAGCCAAGCCGAUCAAGCGGAGGAUCAAGCUCUGGAUGCUGUGCGACGCCAGAACUGCCUAUGUUCAUCGUUUCGAGGUGUACCUUGGCAGACAGGAGAACAGGCCAGAACAUGGACUUGGGUUCAACGGAGUCACCACACAUACAGAUCAUCUCCAGCACACCCACAGGUGGAUCUUCUUUGACAACUUUUUCACGUCUAUUGAGUUGAUGAAGCGUCUCCUUGAAGAUGGCCUCUACGCCUGUGGGACUGUGAGGGUAAACAAGAAAGGUUUUCCGUCUGAGCUAAAGAAACCUAGAGACAUGCGUGACAGGGGAGCCUACAAGUCGCUUCAGUGCCAGGGCUUGACAGCAACUGUUUGGAAGGACAAGCGACUGGUCCACCAUCUUUCAACUGUUGGGGAUCCAACCACAGUGCUAAUGGCCACAAGACAUGCUGGACCUCGUGCAGAACAGUACAUGCAGCAAGAGCCGACUUCCCUCUACAACCAGUUUAUGGGAGGAGUUGAUCGCCAUGAUGCUCGACGUGCCAAGUUUGGUGUAGGUCGACCUGGGAAGAAAGCCUUGAGGUACUGGUUCCUUCUCAACAGUGCCAUCGUCAACGCAUAUAUCAUCUACAAGAAAGCGUCCACCAGAUCGCACUCCAAGAAGAGAUUUGAGCACAUGGACUUCCGAAUUGAAUUGAUCGAGGAGCUUAUUGCCGGAUUUGCCAAGCGAAAGCGAGGACCUGGGGAUCGGGCAGCUUUGGUAGCACUGGUUGACCAGGAAAACCAGCACCUACAUAGGAACGAGCGGAUGCCAGGUGAUAAGGGUGCCAGGUGCCGAUACCACAGGGCGUAUCUCAACAAGAGGAAAGAGACUGUGUAUGGAUGCCGCAUCUGUAAUGUCCACCUCUGCAAAGUUGGCUGCCAUGCGAGGUACCACGAACUCAGCCAAGAUCAGUGA